GUUCAGCUUCCAAACGUUUACUCCGAAACAACAGAUUCUUCUAAAUUAAUCGGCAGUUAGGGUUUUAGGAAUCUCCAGUUUGUGCGUGAAGGUCAAUUCAUUUGUCUCCGCUUUCCAACAUCCUCAUUUCCCUCUGUUUUCUCAAGCACUAAUUUUGGAAAAUUGCAGCAUAUAUGGCGGAUGAUUAUUGGAAUCGGCAGCAGCCUUUGCUUCCUUCUCCAGCCAUGCUUAAACGACCUCGUACUGAUUAUGAACUUCCAGCCUCUGGAUUGUCUACCGGACAUGAUAUGCACAAUUAUUUAACAAGUGAUGAUCGUGGUGGUCCUCGGUCUGUAAAAGAUACACAAACAAUUGGUUCGGCAUAUGAUCGUUAUCUCCAGAGUGUGCAACUUUCUUCUUUUACUUCCGGAGAAGUACCUACCCAUGGAGAAAUGGGCAUGGGAAGGCCUGUUGCAAACAGAAUGCCAGUUGGGAACAGAAUGCCUGGGCCAUUAUUACCUGAUCCUAUUGUAAUGAGUCGUCCUCCUGCAGUUUCUCCUGAUCUUGCACCCAAUGGUCGAAAUCUUGAGUAUGGUAAUCAUCUUCCUGUAGAUUCGAUGAGCAGACCUGGACGUGAAACUGUCCCUCUUCCUCCUGAUGCCUCCAACACUUUAUAUGUUGAAGGACUUCCUCCAGAUAGUUCCCGGCGGGAAGUAGCUCAUAUUUUCCGCCCCUUUGUGGGAUAUAAAGAAUUAAGACUUGUGAGCAAAGAAUCUAAACAUCGUGGUGGGGACCCCCUAAUAUUAUGUUUUGUGGAUUUUGCAAACCCAGCCUGUGCAGCAACUGCCAUGAGUGCAUUGCAAGGUUAUAAAAUGGAUGAACAAGAUCCCGAAUCUAAUUAUUUGCGACUACAGUUCUCACGACAUCCAGGUCCGAGGUCAGGUUCUGGAUCUGGCGGCAAAAGAGAUUCAUUCAGGUGCUAUAGCAGGAAUUUGGAGAGUUCCUGCGUCCUCCAACACACCAAAAUCAGCCUAUAUCGUUGGUCAUUCCACAUACGAAUCCGUGGCACCGCAGGUAGCCAUUGUGAAACUUGAGAGAAGUUCGAUAUUGAUACAACUGUAUUUUAGUGGGAACCUAAAUAUAGUGAAUGUGAGGGGAUCUCACUCUUUGGAGAAGCCUAAACAUAUUUUGUUGAGGGGAUCUCAUAUGAAGCUUGAAGAAGCAUUUUUUUUUUAAUGGAAGAUCUCAAACUAAUUAGGAGGAGCCUAAGUUGAAACUAAAGUUGAAGCUAUAUGGGAGUCACUUAAGAGGGAGUCUGCUAGGCCCCCAUUACGUUUUACAUACAGUAGGAGAAAUAAAAAUAUAAUUGCCUCACAUGGGAAUGAAAGAGGAACGGAAGGAGAGCAGAACCACUCGGGUGGGAUCUAGUAAUUAGUUAGAACUUCCAAGUAAAAGGAGAGGAAAGGGAGAGGGACAGUUAUCGAAGAAUUUGGCAGAAGUUUGGGUGGCCUGCAUUCUCUCUUCAUAGUGAAGAAGAAGCAGCCGGUUCAGGUUGUUUAGUGAUUGUUUUUUUGUUUAGUUCUAUGUUGAGUCUUGUAAGUUGUUUGGAAUUUUUGUUCUUGUUAAUUGUUGAAGUGUUAGUCGUUUAUUUCAUUGUUGAGAUUGUCUACUUGAUUCCCUUGUCAUCAAAUCACCAUUAGUGUUUCUUCUGUAUUUGAAUAUAUUUUGCAAUAUACAAGAUACCUCUGUGGUAUCCUUACAAUUCGUAUCA